AUGCAGACUGAGAAUUCUCAAAAUACGACUACCGCCGCACUGAUCGUGACGAUACUAGCAGUCAUCGCUGUCGCCCUUCGAUUUUUGACAAGACGAUUGACGAAAGCUGGUAUUGCGGCUGAUGAUUGGUGGAUUCUGAUUGGUGUACUGCUAUUGAUCGUAACUGGUAGUCUCCUCCUCUAUGGCGUUAAAUCGGAUCCGAAUGGUGGAGAGACAAUCGAUCGCGACUCUCCCACUUUCGAUUAUGCUCCACAUGUCACAUAUCUCAAAAUUUCAUGGACGUGCGCCAUACUUUAUUUUUUCGUCGUGACGGCCAUUAAGAUCUCCAUUCUACUCAUGUAUCGUCGCAUAUUUUCCACGAGUUUGGUGCGUUCGUAUUGGAUCUUCUUGGGUAUAGUUCUAGUAUGGUGGCUGGCCGGUACCAUCGCCACGGCCAUCAGCUGUGUCCCCGCGAGUAGAUUUUGGAUCGGACCGCCGGCGGGAGGCUGGUGUUUUAACUUCAAUAUUUAUUGGAUGGUCAUGGGCCUAAUAGAAAUCAUCGUCGAUAUUGGUAUCUUGAUAUUGCCAAUAGGUGUUGUCGUUGGACUUCACAUGCCUAAUUCCCAAAAAGUAUUGGUUGGAGGUAUCUUCCUACUGGGAAGCUUUGUUGUCGUAACAGGUAUUGUACGUGUGGUUCUGGGAUAUGCUCCUGGUAGUCAAAAUGUCGACUUUCCACGAGCGGAACUAUGGUCAGCUGUUCAUGUUGGAAUGGCAAUAGUCUGUGCUUGCCUCCCAAACUUUCGUCCACUCUUGAAUCGCAUCACGGCUUCCGCUCGUCGCCUGUAUGGUUCCGCCAUAACGAGUGAAAGAGAUCCUAAUACAAAUGGUUCCAGUGGUGGUCGGAGUGAAGCGUCGAAAAAUAAAAACGCGGCAGAAUUAAUGACUUUUGGUAAUACUCGACGCCAAAGGCUGAAUGAGUUGGAAGAUACAAACGCGGAUACUAGGCAAUUGACGAGGAAUGAGAGUGGGGAAUUAGAUUCCUUCCAUCACACAGAAUUCGUGGCCGAGGGAGCAGAGGAUUCAAGGCCUAGGGGCAUUUAUGAGUUUAGUGCGAUGAUGCGGGGUUAUGUUCCGUUCCCCCUCACACGUGAUCGAGAGUUCAACGACGUAGACUUAGCAAAUGAGGAAGUCGAGGAAGUCACCUCUUCAUUCACAUAUAUGGGGGGUCUUCGAUAG